GUUUAUACAUAUUUUUUCUGUGAUAAUUAAAUUAAAAUUAUAUAGUAUCGUUUCAUAAAUUUAUUCUACUUUUUUGGAAUAUUUUAGUUACUUGUGAAUUGCAUGUAUAGUCUAUUAAGAAUCAUAAAUUCGUUAAUGUAUUGGGCAAGGUUAUAAAUUUUGUAUCAUUAAACAAUUUACUUAUAUUUUUACAAAUUAUUUCGAUAAAAAUGUCUGAAAUUGAUGUGGAAACAUCACCUACAAAUGAUAAGUCUAAUGAUGGAAGUAAAUCACCAACAUGGUAUCAAGAAAGAGCCGAGAAAAAUCGGCAAAAAGCAUUGUUAAUUAAAAAAUCGAAGCUUGUUGCACAUCCUUAUGCAAGAGAGAACAAUGAACAAGAAGAAAAUGGAUAUCAGGGAAGAUCUAUCAAGGUUCAAGGCCAAAAAGUUAUUGAUAGUGGCGGAGGUUUUUUAAUCGAGGAAGAUAUUGAACUUGAACAAGAAAUGUUAAAACUUACUGAAAUCCCUGCUCCAAUAGUCGAAGGCCUUCCUUCCUGUGAGGAAUGCAAAAAAGAAUUUAAAGAUUCAUGGUUACUCCAAAAAUUUGAUUAUGCUGUUUGUGAUUUAUGCAAAGAUCCAGAUGACAAACAUUCUCUUAUUACAAAAACAGAGGCAAAAGAAGAAUAUUUAUUAAAAGAUGUUGAUUUAGAUAAAAGGGAACCACCUUUAAAAUAUAUCGUGAGAAAAAAUCCUCAUAAUCCACGUUGGGGUGAAAUGAAAUUGUAUCUGCACUUACAAAUUGAAAAACGAGCUUUAGAAGUGUGGGGCACUGAAGAAGCUUUAGUGGAAGAGAAAGAAAAACGUGAUAUAAAACGUCAAGAAUCAAAAGUUAAAAGAUUUAACAACAAAGUCAAGAAACUUAGAAUGGAAGUUAGAAGCUCUUUGUACGAUAAAACCAACAAAGCAUCGCAUGUUCAUAAAUUUGGUGAAGAUACUUAUAAUGAAGAAGAUGAUACAUACACCCAUGAGUGUGUCGAAUGUGGUUAUGAAGAAACGUAUGAAAAGAUGUAAAAUAAUUUUUAUACUUAUAAUUAUUAAAGCUUACAAGUAAACAUUGAUGUAAGACAUCGAUGAUUGAAUUAAUAAUAAUUUCUUUAUUGGAAAUAAAUCAUUUGUUUUUGUAAAACAAUAUUAUGCAUAAAACUGAUCUAUUCACAUAAAUAAAUACAAUUUUUAAACAAUAGUGUAAUAAUGUGACUAAACAAAU